UUCACGUAGGCAUGCAUGUUCUUUUCUUAGCAUAUUAUCAACCUGUUCGUUCUUUUUAUUGAUAUAAUUGAUGCAGCAGCGAAUUUAUUAACGAAAAAUUGACUUCACUUCUUGACGAGAAGAGACGUACUCAGUGUUGCGGUAUGGUUGGAUGGUAAUGAAGUCUCAGGGUAAUGAAUUUGAACGUUAUGACACCUAAAUUGUUCAGAGGUUCUUAGCGUGUGAGUUUGUCACAUCCCGCUUCAAGAUGAGUCACGUAAAGCCAAAGGUAAUCAAGCCAAGAGGACGACAAAAGCGUACCUCAGCAAGUGAUAUACCGUGGAGAGACUCCACCUGGGUGCACAGUUUUUCGCAGAAUGCCGCUAGUCCAAUUAACGUGCAAGACAUCAGUCCAGGCUUCGCUCUUCACAAACUUCAACUCUUGGUUGAAAAGAAUAAAUUUGAUGAUGCAUCUCACCUUAUAAACCAGCUUAAUUUGGUAACAUUAAAAACAAUACUUCCAGAAAUUCCAAUUGUUCCAAUAGUUGAAAAUAUUCCAGAUUCGCUUAUUCUAAUUGAAAGUUUUUAUUCAAAGUUUUUCAUCGCUGAUCCUGAUAAUUUUCCUAUUACUAAACUAGAUGUUGAGAACACCGUUUUUCAUAUUGUUUGUUAUCUCAGUUCACGAGAUGACCAACUGCUGAAGAAAGAAAAUGGUUUACUAUUAAGUGGCGACAAUGUCAUCAAAGCUAUCGUGAAUAUCUUAAGAAUGGUUAUGUUUGUGUUCCCGGAUAUGAUUAAGAUUCUGUAUAACCGUAGAAAACUUAUGGAAGCCACUCUCGAAGGGAUAGGGGAACACAGCUUAGUGAGUAUUGAUGGUGAGCUUAUGAAUCUUCAUGACGCACUAAAACUAGAAUUUGAACACGCCAUACACGCCUAUAAGACUGCACUUGGCAAGCUGGAUAAGUUGAGCCUCUCCCAUCAGAAACCGGUGACACUUAAUUCUUACGUUGGGAAAAAGUCAAGCAAUGGAAACCAUCAGAAACUUAUGACUCUCAGCCAGGAAGAGAUUCAAAGCCGAUUAUUCAAAAAUAAAACCGUUCUAAAUGCUAUUGAACCAAGUAUGAACGCUCAACUACCGUCAUUACUACGGACGCUACAGGAUAGGAUUGAAUUUGAUAAAAGCGCAUUACUAACAUUCUCCCAACUCCGCAAGGAAAUAUCAACAAUCCCUGCCAAUUCGCAAGUUGCUUCUGUAAUUGCUAAGUAUUCACAAAGCCUUAAGGUUGUACUGGACUUCUUUAAGGAUAUGCUUGACGAACAGAUAUCGGAAUCUGCCUCUUACUCCACACAAGGUUAUUAUAGUGAUGAGGAAAAUUUUAUCCCUUUGGAAGGAAAUACAAAAGAGAAUUCUAAACGAGUUUUAAUAAAGCCUCCUGAAGAUACAGAUUGUGCUCCUAAACGGGAACGACGUAGCAGGUCCAAAGAUCGCAGGAGGACUACACGUGGAGGUUCGAGAGAUAGGACAAGGGGUCGCUCUUUGGAUCGAAGCCUGGUGACUAUAUCACGCCCUCGGUCGGACAGCGUCGAAGAUAGUCGUGAAUUACAUUCCAUGAUUAAAAGGAUAAACCAAGUCUCUUCUAUGUCAAGAGCUGUUGGCCGCAAAGUUUUAGAGGAGAAAGGGAUUUCCCUAGCAUCAACACAUAGCAGAAGUUCAAGCCUCUCAUCUGAUCAAACAAGUCAUUUUCUGCUCGGCAAAGAAGAACCUGAGUCGUUUUUAAAACAGGGAAAUAUGGAAGGGAGAAAUACACCGUCUUAUAUGGCAAGGGGUAGCACCAGACAAGAGAAUGUCCAAAAACCUGAACAGCAAACAUCAAGGCAGAUGCCAGCAAGUAAUUCACUCCAAAUGAACAACAACAAUCAUGGAGAGACAGAAACAGAGAAGUUACUGAAAAAGGAGAGGUCCCUUCGAGAGCAGCUGGAGAAAGAAAGAAGCAGGCUUGAGCAACAAGAGAAAGUUCUUCAACUAGAGAUGGAAGCAAUGAAAAAGGAACUUAGUAAAGCAAUGGAAGAUAUAACCACAUUGCGACAGCGAGAAAGUGAGAUGAUACAUAAAUUAACUCAAGAAACACAAAAGAAUAAAGAAUGCGAUCAGGCCAAGCUGUCUGUUGAAAAUAGAGGGCCAGACGAUAAUGUCGGUAACUUAGUGUACGAAUUUGAUAAGCUGUACACUGAAGUGCGUGCAGAUGCUUGGACCGUUCUCAAUAUAAUGGCUGAUAUGAAUCAGUUUGAAUAUGGAGAUGACCUAAGAGACAAGCUUCUUUUUUCAGUCAUUGUGCUUGCCUUCCGUGCAUCAGAAAGUUCUCUACAUCUCUUGAAGAAAAAUAUGCGUAGCUUAUUACGGUUUAAGGAGGAUUCACACAACUUAGAAAGUAACUUGUUCACAUUUCUGAGGAACAUUUGUGAGAAUAUGGAUCUGAGCCAUAUGUCAAAGAAUGUAUGUGCUAAACUUUUCUCUACCCUACCGGAGUAUCCCACCCUCAAGUCUUCAAUUCCUCUCACUAACUACAUCCAUCAGUGCGUGCACAUAGCUUGGCAGCUAUCCAUCCAACCACAACCGUACACCAUUGAGUACGACUGCGUAACAUUUAAUAAAGUACGCCACCAACGAGCACCGGGUAGUAAUCGUUCAUCAAACCAUAUCAAGAUCUACCUAUGGCCAACGUUGCUUGAAGGAUCGAGGAUGAAAGUUGCGUACAAAGGUGUGGUCAUUACGUAGUCUGAAAACUUUCUGAAAUUUGGUUUAUACAAUCAGAUUUUUUAUUAUUAAAUUAAGCAAAGAUAUUUUUAUAUGAUUGUAAAUUCAUUUUGAAUUUAUUUUUUUUAACUGUUCUUUUUCUAUAAUAUUUAGUAGAAUAUAUUACAAUAUUUCAAAUAUUGAUAUAUACAUGGUACUUUUACAAGGAAUUUUGCUGACUUCUAUAGAAAUAUUGUAUACUAUUAUAUAAAAGUAAAACAACAGGAAAUUUAUUUAUGAGGUCAGAAAAGUUAUAUAUUACAAUUGGAAAUGCAAAGUAGGCCUAAAUUAUAUUUUGAUGUGUAGUAUAUAGAUAUAUUUAUCCAU